UUACUAACGAAGGAAUGUACCGGAUCAGAGUCAAGAGAGUAGGCCUUUGCUCUGUAAGGGACAUAACUUUUUAUAGCACCGCUCUGAUAUUUUGUGCUUGAACGUCGCGUACCGACCGUCAUGGGGUGGAAUGCUUGUUUACGAUUAUUAAGUCAACAGCCCAAAAGAUGUUCUGUUCUAAAGAGUUUAUCACUGAAGCAGUAUUCUUCACAAGUUCCUCGCCUCAAACCAUAUGUAUCCAAAAAGAAAUCAGCUCCUUCAGGAUAUGUACUCUUGAUAAUCCCUAUAACAACUUUUGGCCUUGGGACAUGGCAAGUUCGUCGUCGAGAAUGGAAACUUGAUUUGAUUAAGAUGCUUGAGGAUCGCACUAUGGCAGAGCCUAUUUCUCUACCCGAAGAUCUUGAAGAACUUGAAAAUCUUGAAUACCGCAGAAUCAGAGUGAAAGGAAGAUUCAUGCACAAAGAUGAGUUUACAAUAGCACCUCGCUCAAACUUUGUUGAGGAUUUUGAUCCAAAACUAGUGAAUCGUGAUGCUGUUAAAAAAGUUGGCAUGAACGUCAUAACUCCAUUCAAACUGUCAGACAGAGAUAUUAUUAUUAUGGUGAAUAGAGGCUGGAUACCUAUGAAAAAGAAAUAUCCUGUAACCAGACUAGAAGGGCAGAUUGAAGAUGAGGUAGAAAUAGUUGGUGUAGUACGUCACUCUGACCCUCCAAGAAUGAUGACCCCAACUAAUGAUCCUAAAACACAUGGUUACUGGAUGUUACGUGAUAUAGAGGCUAUGGCAGGGGCUUCCGGAAGUUCACCAGUCUUCAUUGAUGCAGAUAUUCACAGCACAGUGCCUGGUGGCCCACUGGGUGGACAAACAAAAAUUACUCUAAGAAAUGAACACCUGACUUACAUAUUUACAUGGUACACAUUAAGUGCUAUAACUGCAUGGAUGUGGUACCGUAUGUUUCGCCGACCUCCACCUCCUCAACGCCCUGCUGAUAUAGUAUUUAAUUCAAGAAAAUUUUCAUAGUGUUUGAAUAAAUUAUAUUUAUGUAUUCAUAAA